AUGAGAGAUUUACCAAAUUUUGCUGAACCAAGAAUUUUCUUGCCAAAAAAUUUUUUGUUCUACUUUAAAAUUUUAAGUGAGGAAUUGGAAGAGCAAAAUUCUCCAAAAAAUGAUGAUAAACUGAAGGAAGUUAACAAUAAAAUUGUUGAUACGGAUAAGAAUGAGUUUAAAAUUCAACGCAGAAAUUCAUUAAAAACGCCCUUAAAAGAAGAAAGCAAAGAAAAUGUCCCAUCUUUGAAACGGCGUCUUCCACAAUCUUUGGCAAAGGGAGACGUGACACCAAAAAAGAAUGCUUGCCGUGAAGUUUUGAAUGCAAUUAAUAAGACAAUGGCUUCACCUUGCCAACGUUCCAAACUUCCUCAACAUCCACGUAUUUUAUUGGCUACAUUAAUGCGAUUAAUUUCUUCCGACACUGAAAAGGUUCUUGUAGCGCCAGAUUCUUCACCUUUUCAUACACCUCCGCGAACACCAAAACGAUCAGAAUUUGCAACACCUACUCGAUUGAAUCGAACUCCAAAGCGUUUAUUUUCUACAAAUAAUGGCAAAUCUGUUCAGAAUUCUCAAUUUGAUUCUUCAAGUGUAACACGCGAUCGUCUUUUUCAAGCCUAUUUACUUGUUUGUGAAAAGUUGAUGCUUCAACCAUUAGCUACAGAUGAAUUGGAUAAUGCUUAUGAAGUAUUGGAAUCUCAAGCUAUAAUUUCUUUAAGUAAACCAAUUAAUGGAAAAAAUAAACAACAAAGAGUUUGUUUUAUGGUAUGGAAAUAUAUUUUUAUCAAUUUUUAAAAAUAUUUAUGCUAGCAACCAAAAGUCAGCUUGAUAUAUCCUAGGAAAUCCUCAAAUAUCCGGAUCCGAAAUUGAGCUUUUCUAAAGCAGUAAAAGCUUUUUCUGUGACUGAGGAUUUUGGGAAUAAUUUUUCUGGAGGAAAUGUGAUUGUGGUGGAUUAUAAGAUUUUCUUUUUAGUGCAAUGGAGAAACUCAGGGAAGAUUUCUCCAAGGAGUUCAU